AUGGCAGAGACCAACAGCUGGUGGAAGCUCACCUUCCUGCGGAAGAAGAAAUCCACCCCCAAGGUCCUGUACGAGAGCCCAGACAUCUAUGCCAACGAGAACCACCAGGAGGCCACACGGACAGAGGCAGGGAGCAACGGUGGCGCCGAGAGUGAAUUCAACGCCCGGCUGGAGAAGAUCGUGGAUAAGAACACAAAAGGCAAACAUGUCAAGGUCUCCAACUCCGGGCGCUUCAAGGAGAAGAAGAAAGUGCGAGCCACGCUGGCUGAAAACCCCAACCUCUUCGCCGAUGGCGAGCAGGAGGAGAAGUGA